GAGAGCCUCCUGCCAUGUGCCAGACUCAGCUGAUAAAGGCAGCAGAAGGUGAUAAUGUGACUCUUCAGUGUCGUCUGGAUCCUCCGGUCAACCUGUCUGCUUUCACCGUGGACUGGACGAGACUUGACAACAAGGAUAUCGUCCACGUCUAUCGACAUCAACAGGACGAUCCUGAUCCACAGACGGAUCAAUACAGAGGCAGGACGACUCUCCUCCAUGAAGACCUGAUCAGAGGAGUCCUGACUCUGCACAUCUCCUCAGUGAAGCUGUCUGACAGAGGACUUUACAAAGGCUUUGUCCCAAACCUGAAGACCAGCUGUGUUGUUGACCUCAUUGUUGAAACAGUGGGAAAAGACCAGCAGAACGAGACAAAGAGAGAUUAUUCCAGCACAACUGGAUCUCCAGAGGAAGAAGAGACAGAGCCAGACGGUCGUGGUGGUGGAAACAGGAACGCUGGCCGUGCUGGGAUCAUUUCCUCUGUCUUCAUCAUUCUCUGCCUUGUUAUCGUUGUUCUGCUUCUGAAGAUGCACGGAACAAUCCCCACCAGACUCCAUUCAUAAAAACAAAGUGUGUGAAAAAGCUCGGAGGAUCGAAAGAGCAAAAACCAGAGAUGGUGUCAAACAGAUCUGAAGGAGAAAUGCUGAACAACCGAGCAGCAGACGAGGACCUGGAGGGGUCUGCAGGAAACGGCUCGUCUGAGAGGACGACAGCAGCGUAAUAUUAUUCUGAUUUGUCCUGGUGCAAAUAAUUUCUUGUGCCCCCCCCGCUCCAAAAAGCACAUUAGUAUACACACAGACACACAACGGAUGCCACACAAUUGAAGGCAAAAUCUGACUCAAACCACCACAGUCUCUGAAUAUCAAAUCAACAAAAAGCAGCUGACACAGUAUCAAUAACAACAGAACAAAAAGUGAUCAAGAAAAGCACAGCAACUCUUUCAACAUAGUAUAAAUGAAUGGAUGACAGCAUCUGAUCAUGAUCCACGUGGCAAUUGUCACUGUCCCUCAUGGGCCUUUUAAUCAAUUGGGCCAAAAACUAAACAUUAUAAACUUGAUGAAGGAGGACUGUUGUAUUAGAGUGUAUUAGGUUUAGCUGUAAUAAACUGCCA